AUGGUAUUGGCAUGUCGCCUAAUUUUUCUUCACAGUUGCAGAACUAUUACAUAUACUUACAUAGUACAUAGGAAUGAAAAUACCAAGCAUGGAACUACAGGCAAUUAUAAUGGCUGGGGGCAAGGGGAGUCAUAUGGGAGACCUUACUGAUAAUACACCAAAGGCAUUACUACCUGUAGGAAAUAAGCCUCUAAUUUGGUUUCCAGUAAAUAUGUUAGAAAAAGCAGGAUUUCAAGAUGUGAUAAUAGUUACAUUGAAUUCUGCAAAGGCAGAGGUGGAACACUGCUUAAAAAACUGUAAAAUUGCUGUUAAGUUGUAUGGAAUACCUGACGAUAGUGAAACAGAUACAGUGGACUCAUUAUGUUUAAUCAAAGAUGACAUAAAAAGUGACAUGCUUAUUUUGAGCUGCGAUGUAAUAACUGAUUUACCAUUGCAUAAGCUCGCCGAUGUGCAUAGGCUACACGACUCGACGGUGAGCAUGCUGUUCUGCCCGUCGCAGCCAUUAUUGGAGAAUUUGCCUGGCGUCAAGUCAAAGAAAAAGGCCCAGCAAAAACAGAGAGAGUUUAUUGGUAUGACCCAAGUUAGGAAUUUUCACCAAAGAGUUUUGUUUUUAUUGAAUGAAGCCGAUUUGGAUGAUGAACUUUUACCUGUAAGACAAGCACUGAUGGAAAUUUACCCUCGAAUUCAAGUCCGAAGCGAUUUACACGAUGCUCAUACUUAUAUUUUAAAGCACUGGGUGUUGGAUUAUAUAAAACAGAAUCGCACCAGAAGUUCUUUUCGCAGUGAACUUUUACCAUAUCUCGUUAAAAAGCAAUUCUCGAAACCCAGAAACAAUACUGCUGCUUCCAUAUCUCAACUGCCAGAUAACUCUGGUGAUUCAAAAGAAGAAUUUGUAAAAGAUGUAACUUCUUACAUGAAUUUUGAUGAUGACAAAAUACAGAUUAAUGAUCUAACGCUCUGUACCCAAAAGUCGCAAGACAACAUUUCUUGCCACGGUCUUAUUUAUGAUGAAGGUGUCUGUUUCAGCAUAAACAGUCUUUCUUCUUACAUAGAAGCAAAUAGAUACAUGUGCAGACCUGAUAGCAUAUUUUAUGACGUUUUACCAAGAGUACACCAAUCAUGUCAACUAGCGGAAAAAGUCCAAGUUGGCACAGAUAGUAUGGUAGGCGAAAGAACGCAAAUUAACGAGAAAUGCUCAAUAAAACGCUCGGUAAUUGGCAAAGAUUGUGAAAUCGGAACUUUGGUGAGAAUCUCAAACUGUGUUGUUAUGGACAGAGUGAAAAUUUCUGAUGGCGUAAACAUACAGGGUUGUGUGAUUUGUGAGGGUGCAAUUAUUGGCGAAAAGUCUGAACUGAAAGACUGUUUUAUUGGUUACCAAAAAAUAGUUGAACCAGCGUCAAAAUUAUCGAAAGAGUCGCUAGUAGAAAGUUCAGCUAUGAUGGAAAUUUAAAAGAAAUAAUAUAACUGUUUGCAGCAUUUGUAAGUUUUCGCAUAUAGGUGUUAUAGUGUUAAAACAGUUUUUCUCACUUUUAAUGUUCCCAUUAUAAUAAGACCUAGAUCCAGAACCAGAGAAUCAAGUCAGUGUGUCAGAUUUUCAAUUUGUGUUUUAUGUAUGAUGUAAUUUAUAUGAUUUGAAAUGGUGCAAAUGUGGUUGUGUAAGUUUAUGUUAAAAAUCAUAUUAUUGUAUUUUAGUGUCAUUUGUGUACCAACAUUUAUUUAAGAAAUUUUUUUUUCAAGUUAAACUAUUGGGCCUAUACAACAGUAUGUAAAAAUGGCCCAGUAUACACAAUUAGCAUGCAAAUUUAAACUGAAUUUUUUAUAGCAUUGUAAAUUACUAAUAAAUAAAUGGUUUUGGGUUUUGUUUGGUAAUAUCAGACCUAUUGUAAGACUAUGUUUUGUGUCUACAGA